UUAAAAUAAAAGUUGAGCACAUUAUUUCCCUCAUUCUCACUUUCACUUCACUUCGCCCUCACUCCCACCCGACGCCGCACCGUUCUUGCGCCGUCAGUCCGCCAUUCCGAGCCUCCAUCCUUUUUGCCAGGUGCUCUGAGCCUCUCUUAUUGUUGCUUCAAUUCUCUGCACUCACUUCAUAUUUCAAAGUAGCUAUAUGCUUUGGAAGAUCUAAACAGUGCCUUAUCAUCAUUCACACUCUAUUUUCUCACUCAGUUCAGAGACGACUCUUUUGUGCCAAUAGCUGAUGUCUUAUUCCCGUGGCCGCGAUUUCUUGUUCUGUAACUUGUGUGGGACAAUGCUUGCUGUCCCCUCUACUGAAUAUGCACAAUGCCCCUUGUGCAAAACCAAGCAAAACAUAAAGCAUAUUAAAGGAAAGGAAAUAAGUUACACUAUUUCUGCUGAGGAUAUUAGAAGAGAACUUGGAAUCGAUCUAAUCGAAGAACAGAAGGUUCAAUUGUCUAAGGUCAACAAGACAUGCGAAAAAUGUGGUCAUGGUGAAGCUACCUUUUAUACCAGACAGAUGAGAUCGGCAGAUGAAGGGCAAACUACUUUCUACACAUGCACCCGCUGUGGUCAUCAGUUUCAGGAGAACUAAGUUGGAACUGUGUAUGAACAUACGGUGUACGCUCUUUUCUUUCUUUUUUGUACCCUUGGGUGAAAUAUGCCCCCAUUAUUUACCAAACCUUAGUUUGGAGAGUGUUGACUGUGAGUGGAAGUUUGGAUCCUAUGUAGCUUGUACAAUGAAAGAUGUCCCGAAGAUUAUAAUUGACAUAGAAAAGUUAAUUUAUUUGGUGUUAAAUAUGAAGCACCUAUGGUGGCUCUUAGUUGCAUAAUGCACAGAAACCACAUUUUACUAUUUUACCCAUCAAAUUAUGAUUGAUUUUCCUGCAUUA